CCGGGGCGGGGCGGGGCCUCCUCCCCGCGGGCGGGGGGUUCGCGGUGCCGCCGCCUCCAUCUUGCGGGGCCGCGGCCCGGGGCCGUCGGCGGGGCUUGGCGGGGGGGGGGGCGGCCCCGGCAGGGCCUGGGGGGGCUCCCGGGGUACGGCCCCGUCCGAGCGGGGGAAGGGGGUCCCCGGGCAGUGAGGCCUCCUCGGGGGCCGCUGGCCGGAGGGGGCUCGGGGCAGGCGCGGCCCCUCGGAGGGGUGUGAAGGGCGGGGGUAGGGGCAGCGGGACGGGGUUUGGGGGUCCCCGGAAGGGGCCGGUUCCAGGGCUCGGUGCCCCCGGGAGAAGCGGGGAGCCGGGGGGACCGGGCCCCGCGCCUGCGGGAGCAUGGCCUGGGCGCUGAAGCUGCCGCUGGCCGACGAGGUGAUCGAGUCCGGGCUGGUGCAGGAUUUCGACGCCAGCCUGUCGGGCAUCGGGCAGGAGCUGGGCGCCGGGGCCUACAGCAUGAGCGACGUCCUUGCCCUGCCCAUCUUCAAGCAAGAAGAAUCAAGUUUGCCUCCCGAAAACGAGAACAAAAUCCUGCCUUUCCAGUACGUGCUGUGCGCGGCCACGUCGCCCGCCGUCAAGCUGCAUGAUGAAACCCUCACCUACCUGAACCAAGGGCAGUCCUAUGAAAUCCGGAUGCUGGACAACAGGAAAAUUGGGGAGCUGCCGGAGAUAAAUGGGAAGCUGGUCAAGAGCAUAUUCCGGGUGGUGUUCCACGACCGGCGGCUGCAGUACACGGAGCACCAGCAGCUGGAGGGCUGGCGGUGGAACCGGCCUGGGGACAGGAUCCUGGACAUCGAUAUCCCAAUGUCCGUGGGCAUCAUUGACCCCAGAGCAAACCCAACUCAGCUCAAUACCGUGGAGUUCCUAUGGGAUCCUUCAAAGAGGACUUCUGUGUUUAUCCAGGUCCACUGUAUUAGCACAGAGUUCACCAUGAGGAAGCACGGAGGAGAGAAGGGGGUGCCCUUUCGGGUCCAGAUAGACACGUUCAAGGAGAAUGAGAACGGGGAGUACACGGAGCAUCUGCACUCUGCCAGCUGCCAGAUCAAGGUCUUCAAGCCCAAAGGAGCUGAUCGGAAGCAGAAGACAGACAGGGAGAAGAUGGAGAAGCGAACACCUCAUGAGAAAGAGAAGUACCAGCCUUCCUAUGAAACCACCAUCCUCACCGAGUGUUCUCCCUGGCCAGAGAUAACGUACGUCAAUAACUCGCCAUCCCCUGGCUUCAACAGUUCCCACAGCAGCUUUUCCAUUGGCGAAGGCAAUGGCUCUCCAAACCAUCAGCCCGAGCCACCCCCUCCGAUCGCAGAUGUAAGUCACACCUCAGAGCUUAUGCUUGUGAACCUGCUGCCCACCAGCACGCCGCAGGAGGCCCAGCAGUGGCUGCACCGAAACCGCUUCUCCACCUUCUCUCGGCUCUUCCGAAACUUCUCAGGUGCAGACCUGCUGAAGCUCACCAGGGAGGACGUGAUCCAGAUCUGCGGCCCCGCCGACGGCAUCCGGCUCUUCAACGCGCUGAAGGGCCGGAUGGUGCGGCCCAGACUGACCAUCUACGUGUGCCAGGAGUCCCAGCAGCUGAGGGACCUCCAGCAGAAGCACGAGGAUGGGGACACAGUGACCAGCACGUUCUUUGUGUACCACGCCAUCUACCUGGAGGAGCUGACGGCGGUGGAGCUGACCGAGAAGCUGGCCCAGCUCUUCAGCAUCUCCUCCCAACAGAUCAGCCAGAUCUACAAGCAGGGGCCGACGGGGAUCCACGUGCUCAUCAGUGACGAGAUGAUCCAGAACUUCCAAGAUGAAUCCUGCUUCGUUCUGGACACCAUGAAAGCUGAGACCAAUGACAGCUACCACAUCAUCCUGAAAUAGGAGGGGAUGGGAUGCACUCACCGUCCUCUCGCCGCAUGUGAACACCCUUCACUUCCAGCACAAGGACACGAGCAGAGAUCUGGGAACUCAGGAGCACCCUCUGGAAAGCCCCCGAGCUGCCGGUUCCUCGGCUCUUGCUUGCAGAGGACCUCGACCUCCUCCUGCCUCUGAGGGCUGGUGGUAACGUGCUGGGAGGCUUGAAGCUCACGCUCUUGUGUAGCUCUGGGUAGAGAUUUGCCGUUGGGACCCAAGACCCGCUGAGGGCUUUGUCUGUGGCAAACGUGCUCAGCUCCUCUGAGGAGCACCAGCGACGCUCGCAGGCUGCAGAGAACAGGAAUUCAAGUGGCCCAACAAAGGCAACCGGCCCUCGGGCACGUGCUGAGCUGAGCAGGUCUCACACACGACGUGCUGUGCUGGUGGAGUGGUAGGGGAGGGCUGGGAGGGCGUCUUCAAAGAUUUUAUUAAGCUUUCAUUUCAUACUACAACGCAGCUGUUAGACAAAGGUGGGGACCACCCACCCGAAAGUGGCACUGGCUCCAGGGGUGCCAUCCCUCUUCCCAUGCAAGGAACUUUUCCAUAUGGAUUUGGGUGUAUAAAGCUGGAGCAAACCAUGGAGUGAAGCAGAGUUGGAUAAAGAACUAGCGAACGAG